AUGGAUAACGGAUCUACUGAAUGGGCCAAUGGAAUUAUGGAAGUUACGCUGGCAAUGAACACCCAGAAGCACUCAACUAUUGGUUGUGCUCCUGUAGAGCUGCUCUUUAGGGAGCGUACUCCCUAUACUGACUGGUUAAAUCAGCAAAAGCGAUUAGACCCUGCUGUCGGCGUCCCCCAAGAGGAUUCCGCCCAAGCUCCAAUCUGUACCCUUAGCCCAGGCACUCCUGCUUCCAGUCCUGUAAUCAAUAUUGGGGUUAGCCCAGGCAGUUCCCAGAUUACCAUGCUUAUCAGCCCAGAAGCCGGGGUAGGGUCAGAAAUCAACGUACGAAUCUCGCCACCAAUUCGUAGCUCUCCAACACCCGAGCCAGAUCAAGAGCAGCGGGUGUCAGAGCUUACAGAUCAAGUAAUUGCGAAAGCCCAGAAGGCAACCCAGAGAGCAAAGCUUCGGAUGAUGCAGAAGUACUCUAAGCAGCACAUCAUUCAACACUUUAAUAUUGGAGACAUCGUCUCCAUCAAGGUUCCGAGAGAAGAUCGCACCUCCACUGAUAACCGGCGACUAUUUGGGCGUAUUCUAGAAGAACCCUACGCCCACAGAUACAGGAUCUUGACUACUUCAGGAGUUAUUAAGCGAUUAAUACCUACAAGGGAUUAA